GGAGAAAUUCUCGUCAAAUUCUCCUAAGUUUCACAGCCAGUCAAUCAAUAGAAGACGCCUCGCGGACACCUGCGCCUUGUACGGAAGCGGUCUGCGCUGUUGCCAGGCAGCCGCGGCUGCGGGUCUGCGAGCGGAAGCCCGUGACCAUAGAGCUGGCGGAAUGCCGGCCUAGAGCGGACCGGAAGUGGUCCCCCGCCCAGGGCGGUGCGGGGCUCAACUGUCUGCGGCUACUUCGGGCCGCUGGCUGUCAGACCCUUCCUGUGGGCCCUAGGCCUUGAGUGCCCCAGGGUGGCCUUCCCCCCAGGUACCGGCUGACUCGGUCGCGGCCUUCGGGAGACCCAGUGCAACCUUCAGUCUCUUAGCCAGGGGGACAGAGCCGCCGAGUGGGGAAGUGCGGCGCCCGCCUAGUCGCUGCGGCGCUGGCCGGAACCACCCGGCGGCCCGAACGACAGCUGACACCCGGACCGGGAAGAAGAGCGGAAAUGGCGGACGAGGCGUUGUUUUUGCUUCUCCACAACGAGAUGGUGUCGGGAGUGUACAAAUCCGCGGAGCAGGGGGAGGUGGAAAAUGGGCGAUGUAUUACUAAGCUGGAAAACAUGGGGUUUCGAGUGGGACAAGGAUUGAUAGAAAGGUUUACAAAAGAUACUGCAAGGUUCAAGGAUGAGUUAGACAUCAUGAAGUUCAUUUGUAAAGAUUUUUGGACUACAGUAUUCAAGAAACAAAUUGAUAAUCUAAGGACAAAUCAUCAGGGUAUCUAUGUGCUUCAGGACAACAAAUUUCGUCUGCUUACUCAGAUGUCUUCAGGAAAACAGUAUUUAGAGCAUGCAUCUAAGUAUCUAGCAUUUACAUGUGGCUUAAUCAGAGGUGGUUUAUCAAACUUGGGAAUAAAAAGUAUUGUAACUGCUGAAGUCUCUUCAAUGCCUGCUUGCAAAUUUCAGGUGAUGAUACAGAAGCUGUAAGCAUACUGAAGUGCAAGACUUCCACUGUGUAAAGACAUAAAUUAUUCAUGUGUAAAGCAUUUCAAGUAAUAAUGAUUUAAUUACAUUGUUGGAUGUUUGUACAGGAGUAAGAGUGUAUUUUAUCAAUUUAAUGCAGACUAACAAAGCAAAGGGCCAUUCUACCACAGGAUAAACUUUAAUGGAAUUGUUCAAAAUGGAAAGUUGAUUUCAAGUAACUAGACACCAAAAU